CUUUUCUGGGAUCAGUUACAAAAAAAAAAAAAAAAGUAUCAUAUAUUAGUUUUUUGUUUUUUAAAAAACCUUCAAAGAAAGCCGCCCAUGGCGACGGCGACGAAAAUCUCAAUCACCACUUGAUUUCUUAUUCUUUAUCCUUAUAAAUACAACGCAGUAUUUUAUCUUAAGCUUCAGACAUAAGUCGAUUUCUCAAAAAAGAAGUCGGUUUUCUUUCAACAUGAAGAAUCUUUCCAUCUCCUCUCUCACUCUCACUCUCACUCUCGUCAUCUUCUUCAUCUUUUCCUUCUCGCCGGCAGCCUCCGCCGACGGCCACAAACAUUUCCUCGAAUGUCUGUCGGAGAAAUUCGACGACGACUCCUCGUUUUCCGACGUCGUCUACACCAAAGCCAACUCAUCCUACACUUCCAUCUUGCAAGCCGCCAUUUGGAACCUGAGAUUCACCACAGAAUCCACGCCGAAGCCGCAGGUGAUCAUAACCCCGGACGAGGAAUCUCAGAUCCCGCCGGUCAUUCUCUGCGCUAAGCAAACCGGCCUCGAGAUAAGAACUCGCAGCGGCGGCCACGACAUGGAGGGAUUAUCGUCUAGAUCGCCGGUCCCGUUCGUGAUCAUCGAUUUGAUCAAUCUCAGCAGAGUCACGGUCGACGCCGACGCCAAGACCGCGUGGCUCGCCGCCGGCGCGACGCUCGGCGCGCUGUACUACCACAUCUCGGAGAAGAGCCUGCUCCUCGGAUUCCCGGCGGGGUUCUGCCCGACGGUCGGCUCCGGCGGCCACUUCAGCGGCGGAGGCGACGGCACGAUGGUGCGGAAGUACGGCAUGGCCGCCGACAACAUCAUCGACGCGAGAAUAGUCGACGCCAGCGGCAGGAUCCUCGACCGGGAAUCCAUGGGGGAGGAUCUCUUCUGGGCGAUCAGGGGCGGCGGCGGCGCCAGCUUCGGCGUGAUCACCGCCUGGAAGGUGCAGCUCGUCGAUGUUCCGGAAACCGUCACUGUCUUCCAACUGACGAAAACGCUGGAGCAGAACGCGACGGAUCUCGUGCACAAGUGGCAAUCCGUCGCGCCCCACGCUGACGAAAAUCUUUUCGUCGGUAUUCUACUAAACAGAGUGGGCGCGACGGUUUCCGCCAACUUCUUCUCUCUCUAUCUGGGGGUAGCGGACAAUCUGGUUGCACUUAUGCAGGGAAACUUUCCCGGAGCUCGGCCUGGCGCGAGAGGCCUGCGCGGAGAUGAGCUGGAUCGACUCCGUCGUCAGCUUCGGCCGGUUCACCUCCGCGCUGCCUCUCGCGCUCGAAACGCCGGCGGAUUUGCUGUUCAGGCACGACCCGAAUCUCAGGUUCCUGAAAAUGAAAUCCGACUUCGUGCAGACGCCCUUACCAAAAGAAGGAAUCGACGGUUUGUUGAAUCUAUUAUUCGCGCCGGAGGCGGAGGCCGGGCUGAUCGCCUUAAUCCCACACGGCGGGAGAACGGCGGAGAUUCCGGAAUCUUCGAUUCCGUUUCCGCACAGGGCGGGAAACUUGUUCAAAGUCGAAACGAUUGUAUACUGGCAAGACAAUGAAAAUGCGGAGAGAUACCUCGACUGGGUGAGGGGUUAUUACAAUUACAUGACUCCUUACGCUUCGAAAUCUCCGCGAUCUGCGUAUAUCAACUACAGAGAUCUCGACCUCGGGGUGAACAACGCGUUGGGGAAGACGAGCUACGCGGAGGCGAGCGUUUGGGGGAGGAGGUACUACAAGAGCAAUUUCGAUCGUCUUGUUCUGGUGAAGACCAUGGUUGAUCCGGAGAAUUUCUUCAGAUUCGAACAGAGCAUCCCGCCGGUGCACUCGUGGUCGAGCAACAGUGGUGUGUGUCCGAUUUGAAUAAAGCCAUUGUUAUAAAGAAUAACAAGUUGGUUUACAUGAUACCUCAAAAAACAAAAAAAAAACAAAGUUGGUUUUCAUGUUUGGUUUUGUGUAGUUCUAUGUUCUUCCUGUUUCGUGCUGCGUUGAUUCGAUGUCAAAAUGUAAAAUUAUACGUUUUGAUUUUUUUUAAUUUUUUUUUUUGAAGGAGUAUGUUAUCAACUUUUCGUUCGUGAUCACUGAUAUUCAUAAUGUAAUGAGAUAAAAGAAAGAGUUUUACCAAUUAAA